AUGACUUAUUUAUCAGUUGAUUCUUUCUAUCUAUCUAUCUAUCUAUCUAUCUAUCUAUCUAUCUAUCCUUUUUCUCUAUCUAAUUAUGUUCAUCUAUAUAAUUAUGUUUAUCUAAUUAUGUUAAUCUAUCUAUCUAUCUAUCUAUCUAUCUAUCUAUCUAUCUAUCUAUAUAUCUAUCUAUCUAUGUAUGCAUCAUUUUUCUCUCUAUAUAAUUAUGUUCAUCAAUUUAAUUAUGUUUAUUUAAUUAUGUUAAUCUAUUUUAAUCUGACUAAUUAUGUUAAUCUAUCUAUCUUUUUUCUCUAUCGAUAUAAUUCUGUUCAUCUAUAUAAUUAUGUUUAUCUAAUUAUUUAUGUUCCUCUAUAUAAUUAUGUUUAUCUAAUUAUGUUAAUCAAUUUUAAUCUAAUUAUGUUUAUCUAUCUAUCUAUCUAUCUAUCUAUCUAUCUAUCUAUCUAG